AGGAGAGCGUAAGGUUUCGCAGGCGCUCCGGAAAAAAAGGAAGCGGCGCUUUGUGAUGCGCAGGCGGCGCCGUGUAGCUGGCGGAAGAGGAGCUCUCGCAGCCGAGCCCCAGCGUCUCUCCGCCCAGGGGACAGACAGGAGGCAGACAGGAGGGACGUGGGGGGAAGAAAAAAAAACACAGAGGGAGAGAGAGAGAGGGAAGAAGAAAGGAUAGAGGAAGGGAAAAAACGGGAACGGCGUUGACGAAGCCGCUGCGAUGGCGGCCAAAUCGGACGGCGUGCUGAAGAUGAAGAAGAGCGAUGUGGCGUUCACGCCCCUGCAGAACUCGGACCACUCGGGCUCGGUGCCGGGGCUCGCGGCGGGAUCGCGACCGGGCUCGGGCAGCGGCGAGGCGGAUUUUACGCGCGGCGAAGCGCGCUGCUGCGGUCCCGAGGACUCGACUUGCCUGCGGCUCGGCGGAGAGAGGCGGAAGUACGGCGCCUGGGACGGUCUGUGGUUGGUGGCCGCGGCCGCCGUGUACUUCGCCGACGUCGCCACGGACGUGUGGCUCUCCGUCGACUACUACCUGCGCCACGACUACUGGUGGUUCGGCCUGACUCUGUUCUUCGUGGCGCUCGGCUCCAUCUCCGUGCAGGUUUUCAGCUUCCGGUGGUACGUGCACGACUUCAGCACCUCGGAGAGCGACGCCGCGGCCACCGACAGCGGCAGCAGGACUAACGAGAAGCGCUCGGCGCCGUGCGCCUUCUGCCUCUGGUUCUUACAGUCCGUCAUUCACAUCCUGCAGCUCGGCCAGAUAUGGAGGUAUUUCCACACCAUCUACCUGGGCAUCCGGAGCAGGCGGAGCGGCGAGAACGACCGCUGGAGGUUCUACUGGAGGAUGGUGUACGAGUACGCAGACGUCAGCAUGCUCCACCUUCUCGCCACCUUCCUGGAGAGCGCGCCUCAACUCGUCCUGCAGCUCUGCAUCAUCAUCCAGACUCACAAGCUUCAAGCUGUGCAAGGAAUGACCGCCGCUGCCUCUCUGGUGUCCUUGGCUUGGGCUCUGGCGUCCUACCAGAAGGCUUUACGGGAUUCCCGUGAUGACAAGAAGCCCGUCAGCUACCUGGCCGUCAUCAUCCAGUUCUGCUGGCACUUCUUCACCAUCGCGGCACGCGUCGUGACCUUCGCCCUGUUUGCCUCCGUGUUCCAGCUCUACUUCGGGAUCUUCAUUGUGCUGCAUUGGUGCAUCAUGACCUUCUGGAUCGUUCACUGCGAGACCGAGUUCUGCGUCACCAAGUGGGAAGAGAUCGUCUUCGACAUGGUGGUGGGGAUCAUCUACAUCUUCAGCUGGUUCAACGUCAAGGAGGGUCGCACGCGCUGCCGCCUCUUCAUCUACUACCUGGUGAUCUUGUUGGAAAACGCGGCGCUCAGCGCGCUCUGGUAUUUGUACCGCUCACCGGUGGGCACCGACGCCUUCGCCGUUCCUGCCUUGUGCGUCAUCUUUUCCAGCUUCUUCACAGGAAUCGUCUUCAUGCUCAUGUACUACGCUUUCUUCCAUCCUAACGGGCCGCGAUUCGGACGCUCGGCCAGCCUGAGCCAGCUGGACGACACCAACGUCAACACCGGCUUCGCCAUGCCGACGGAAGGUGCUACCAAUUCGCUUCGCUCUAACAGAGGUGGCACACUGGCUAGGGACGCUGAUCGCGACGCUAAGUACACCGAGCGAGACGGAUGCGCUCCAGUUUUUCAAGUCCGUCCCACGGCUCCGUCCACGCCAUCCUCUCGCACCCCUCGCGUGGAGGAAACCGUGAUCAGAAUAGACGUAUGCAGGAACCGAUACCCCGCCUGGGAAAGGCACGUGCUGGACCGCGGCAUACGCAGAGCCAUCUUGGCUAUCGCUAACUCUCCUACGCCACCUCGGCUGCAGUACAAGGAUGACAUGCUCGUCCAGGAGCGGCUGGAGUACGAGACCACGUUGUAGCUCUACCACUUUUCCACAGCUCUAUGCGUGGAACCUUAUAGUUUAUCAUCCAUUAACAGCAGGACUGUGGCAAUAACACGACUAGCCGAGCGGGACUGUCGAGCCCGAUAGCAUUUAGCCAUGAUGUUGAUUGUCAUGGAUUGCAAAAAAAAAAAAAAAAAAUCAUAAAAAAACCUAAAUAAUAAAAUAUAAAAACAAAGAAAUAGGCACAUGUUCACUGGUGUAAGGAUUUUUUUUUUUUCGUUUUUUUAAUCUCUAAUUUUUUUUUAACUCAUCAGGGAAUAUAAUUUUUUCCCCCCUCAGUGUUGAGCAGAUAUCUAGUCAGGCCGUUCAUAAGCUUCUUCAGAGCAGAGUUAACGCCUCCAAUCCUUUUCAGUCGUCUAAAUAUACUUAGUGUUGUUCAGGCCUUUAGAUACUGAAUCUGCCAUAACGCAUCGGGAAAGCGUUGGGAUUUAAACCAUCCUGAUACUCUGACCCUACCAGUCAUGUUGGACAAACAGGACAAACCGGCAACCCAGUCUCAUGCUGAUUUAAAAAAAAUAAAAAUAAACUCGUGGAGACAAAAAGAAACUCGCCAGGGUGAGGGGUGCUGAAACCCACGAGUCGGCUGACAUCAGCAAAACUCUCGCAGUGCCAAAAAAAUCCUGGUCCAUACUGGACUCCAUAGUGGACAUAGUGGACCUGGAGUCUCUGCCAGUAACUGUACAUAAGAAAACAGGGCAGCAUUUCAAUCAUCUACUUGAAUAUUGUAUUAAAAAACAAAACAAAACAAAAAAAAAAAACAAACAAACACGUGAAUGAAAGAAAGCCACACGGGACAGACCCAGGCUCAAACACAUAACUUCUCUCCUGGAGAAGGAACCAGGCCAAGAAACCACUUCCUGGCAGCUCGGCUCACGCUGGCUGAUACGGAUCUCUCAAGAAAAUGCUCACACACACACACACACACACAUGUGUAUGUACUGAGAAAUACACACGAAACACACACAAUCCACAGCAGUCAAGCACUCAAACCCGAGCCAGGAUGGAUUCCACCUUCCUCCUAAAGAUUAAAGAUACAGUGUUCUGCUUGAGUCUGUAUGAACUCGCACGGGUGUUUAUGAUCACGAUUGUGUCUGUGUGUGUGUGUGAGCGAGUGUGUGUAAGUGUGUAUUCGCUCGGCAGUUACCAGGCACGUUUGCGUGUCGCUUCUACAGAAAUACAACACUGUAUCUUUAAAUCUGCCAAAUCUGUAUAUGAAAGGAAAAAAAUCUGGUCUCUUUCAGUUGAAAGUGCUUCUUAGUGUCUUUUUAUAGGAAGUCCGAAGACGGCGAGGACAUACGGGGGACGACGGGAGAUGUCGCAGGACGCGGUACGACAAGCACAAGACUUGAGCAGCAAAAGUGGUUCCUGUACUGGGAGGAAAAACGGUACAAGUCUGAAGUUCUCGAGGCGAUCCUGAUGGCCUGAGUUCUGAGACUCGGACAAUUGUGUCUGUUGUCUUUCUUUAGAAGUGUGUGACAUUAAUCAUUUUCUUUCAUUUUAUAUCAGGAUUUGUGUGUGCGCGCUAGGCAUGUGCCAAUAUUCCCAAUAUUCCCAAUGUUCAGCUACACAAUUAAUACAUAAUACAUCACACAUAGUAGACACAACUCUGACACAACCCAGUGUUCAGUUCAGAUCAAAGCUGUGCACAUGAGCAUCAUGUUUAUUCAUUCAUUCAUCCUCAGUGUCAACCCUUGGUCAGGGUUUUGGUAGAUCUGAAGGUUAUCCUGGAAUGCUCGAUGUGAGCCGGAAAAACCUAGAGGUAAGGUACACUAUAUUGCCAAAAGUUUUGGGACACACCUCCAAAUCAUUCAGUUCAGGUGUUGUUUUUCAGGGGUUGGGCUCGGCCCCUAAGUUCCAGCAAAAGGAACUCUUAAUGCUUCAGCUUCAUACCACAACAUUUUGGACAAUUUCAUGCUUUGUGGGAACAGUUUGGGGAUGACCCCUUCCUGUUCCAACAUGACUGUACACCAGUGACCAAAGCAAGGUCCAUAAAGACAUGGAUGAGUGAGUUUGGUGUGGAGGAACUUGACUGGCCUGCACAGAGUCCUGACCUCAACCCCAUAGAACACCUUUGUGAUGAAUUGGAGCGGAGACUGUGGGCCAGGCCUUCUCAUCCAACAUCAGUCCCUGACCUCACAAAUGCGCUUCUAGAAAGGGAAUGGUUUGGCAAUAUAGUGUAGAGGAGUCAGUUAACCUACGGGCAGUUUUGGGAGGAGGGAGGAAUUUGGAGAACCCAAAGAAGCACCACAUGGAAUCUGGGAAGCAUAGAUUCCCACCAAUGGCCAACGACGCUAUCUAUAAGUUGGUGUUUGAAGAAAGGAUAAAUGACAUGGAGGAUAUAAGUGCUGACUGGUCUGAAGGUCUGAAGGUCAGGUUAUGAACGGUUCUGGUCAGUGCCUUUACAAAAGCAUGAUACAUGAAUUGACCAUGCAGUCAACCGGACAUGGCAUGAAGCAUCAUUAAAGAUUUGGUGGCUUUGUGCUUGAUAGAAAAGAGAGAAAUAUGGAAGGUUGAACUUCCAGCUUCUAAAUCCUUCCCUUUAGAGGUUCAGCAGAGGGGUUUUUUAAAACCCCAGACAUUAAGAAGCACACAUUCAUGCACAGAGGAUCCAAAAUGCAGAAGGCUUUAAUCAUCUCACUAUAAAUCAAUAACCAACUAAAAAAUUCCAUAAAAUAUUUUAUUUCCCUACAGAAGUUUUCGGUUUUCCCUGCUACUAAAAUCACAUGACCUAGCUCAUGGAAAGGCUCAGGAUGAGGAUCAGGUGUGUUUAAAGCAGGAAGCUCAUGCUGUCUAGAGUUGAGAAACUCAGGUAUGGACUCUUUUUGUUUACUGUUUGUUGGCUAGCUUUGAUCUGAAACUGAAGCUUCUUUAGCAUUGUCGCUUUCUCAUCACCAAAGUCCAACACUUCUCGUUCAGAUCUAGCUUUAAAUCUGCCAGUGCACCAACCUUCCCUUUCUGAUUCCAAACUAUUUACAAACAAAUCCAGAUAGCAGAUUUUGAAGAUAAUUAGCUUGAUUUUCAUAUCAUUCAGUAGCAGCGUCAUGAUGGCAUCACAACCUUUCUUAUAUAUAUAAUAUAUAAUCUGAACAAUCUUAAAGCUUAAUAUCGGUCACAUGCGUCGCGCGCACACGGCAGUUAACUUGUUUACUUGUUGUUCUGAACUGCACAAUGUUUCACUGUAUGCCAUUAACCGUGUGAAGCUGACGGAUAGCACAUUUAAUCCCAUCUCCAAUCAAAUUUACAGUGGAACCUCGACAUACGAAUUUAAAUCGUUCUGGAGGCGAGUUCUUAAGGCGAAAGUUUGUACAGCUAAACGAAUUUUCCCAUAAGAAAUAACGUAAAUGCAGGUAAUCUGUUCCAGCCGUCCAAAAAUAUUUCCAAUACGAAGUGUAUGUAAACUGUACGGCUGCUUACAAAGAACUGACCCAAGCUGAGCAUUCCAUGUCAAGGCUCCUCACAGGAAGUCGUGCCACCAAGCUUGGGCUAAAAAUAGAACAGACCGCCCACGCCACCAAUCUGUCAACAAAAAAAAACACCUGAAAAAUCACCUUUAGAAGGCAUGCCGAAGUCAACGUUGGUAUCCUGGGUUGACUCUUUUGAUACAGCUUUCGCCGACUGAAAAGAAAAUUCGUAAACACUUCGGUUGGCUUCACUUGGCUUUCCGCUGACGAUAACAAGUUUUGAAUGGCUCCCGGACUCCCGGUUCGGUUCGUUCGUUAUGCCGGAAAUUCUUUGUGCGUCAAUACAAAUUUCUUGCAAAAUUUAAAUUCUUAAGGCGAAAAUUCAUAAUGGAGGGCUUUCGCAGAGGUUCCACUGUAUUUUAAACGAAAAGUCCAGUCACAUGUUUAAAUGUGAUGAGAUAAACUUUUCAUUCUAAAUCCUGCCACUAAAGUAAAUUAAAAUUGUUUUGUUUAGACGGUUUAGUCAGAUAAUGGCAUGAAAAUUGUAAAAAUAUUCAAAGAUAUAUUCUCGUCCCCGUGUCCUCUAAUCUGUUUUGUUUUUUGUUUUUUUGCAGUCAGCAUUUUCCGUGUUUUUUUGUGUUACCUUAUUUUUUUACACUGACAGAACAUUAAAACAAAACUAACUCUAAGCAAGACCUUAAUCCAAAUAACCUACAAAAAUCUCCUUCAGAGAGACACCAGAAGAGUUAUGGACAUUACAACACACUAAAUUUUACCUACUCAAACGUAAAAACCCAAAACUUUUCCCAAGAAGAAUUCCUGAAUUGGAUUUGUCCGUAACUGAAAUAUCCAUGUGUGUGUUUUUAAAAGCAACCUAAUCAUGAAACCUGCCCCACUUUCGUUUGUUCAGCCGGUGUGUCAACAUCAGAUACCGUCUGUUUUCUCAGCAUUGUUUGUUGUUAAUGUUGUUGAUGAUGUUGAGGUUGUGCAACUGCUCGUCCUAGAGGAGCUCGCUGACCUGUUCCUCUCAGUCCUGGUGUUCACUGGUUGUGUUUGGAUUUCAUCCAUCAUGUCCUUGUAAACAAAUCCCACUCUCUCGCUAAUACCUUUCAUUAAUAGGCAAAUCACGGAUACUCGCUGAAGCGCUCGCGAUCGUUCCUGACCGUUCUGCUUACGAAUGAUUCGCGUCAGAAUUUAAGCAUUUAGCCCAUGCUCUUGUCAAGAACUCUGAGAACAUGGCCUGGAGUUCUGAAUGUUGGAAUUUAUUCCAUAACUCCAUCAAACUCGUACUGAAUGUCCCUCCAUUUUCACUCCGUCCAGUUCAUUUCCGCAUCUGAACCUGAGGCUUUUGGUCGUGAUCUUUAAAACGUGAGGAUGUAGAAAUAUUGGCUUUUCAUUCUGGAUUGGUUUCAUGCCGGAUCGGAUUUCACACAUCGAUCCGUGAGCCUCUGGCGUAUUUUGUGCUUGUGUGAUGUGUUCAAAGCUCAAAGCUUCUUCAUAACUUGAAGACGCUGUAAAGACAGCCGGAUCAGGUAGCACUUGAUAGCGGGAGAUCUGAUAUUGAUAUCGUAUCACAGAUCGGAUCAGUCAUAACAUUAGACUGCGUGAGCUAGAAGAUAAGCUCUAGAAUAAUUCUGUCUGGUUGGUGGUUGUGUAAAGCAUUUUUUUUGCCUUUGACCAAUGAGCAACUACAGGAAGUUCUGGCACUGGUAGUUCCUCAUGCACAAAAAAGCACUAACUAAAAUAGUUCCUCUAGUGCAAACGUUCCUGAAAAGAUUUCCUGAAAAGGUUGUGAUUAGACUCAAUACUUUGAGAAGGUCAUGGUCCAUUGUGGAGAUACGUAUCAUCAUCUAUACAUCCACAAUAAUGUGUUACGGUGAAAACCGUCAAAGCUAAAUGAGUAGAAAUUAUUAAAACUAGGAGGAGGAACAAAGAAAAGUUAGGAAUUAGGUAGCUAAGUACCUGCAAGAAUGAUGUUGACUAAAGAGGCAGGAUCAGUGAGCCAGCAUGGUUAGGAUGAAGCUAGAACAAAACCUAGAAGGUAGAUCUUUGUCUUUUUUGCCUGAAGCAAGAACAUCAAGCUUAUCUGAGCACUACCUGUCUGCAUACACUCUUCCCUUGAAACUUUUCUGGCUUUUUCUGGAGAUUAUCUUAGUUACUGAUAAUCAUCAGUUUAGCGGUUAGCUGGUUCAGCACUUGUAAGUCAUCUCGUUCCAUGAUCUGGUAACUAACAGACAUGAAACAGGAAGUACACUCUUUAAAAAGAGGCUCCUUAGAUGUUCUUUGGACGGUUGACACGUCAAGCUUUUGAAAGAUUUCUCCACAAAGCCCUUUUCCACUUAGAACCUUUAUGGGAUUCUUUCAAAGAACAUAGAAACAGGUUACUAGAUGGAACCAUAGUGAUGAAGGUUCUGGAAAAGCAAUGCUUGAGGACUAUAUUAGUAUUAAAAGUUGACCUUAAUUCAAUAAGCUAACCAAUUACACACUUGAAGUGUUCCUCAGAGGUUCCUUUUAGUUAUGGUUCUCAUCUUCCUUAAGAAAGCCUUGAAGGUCCCUUUUUGUAGGUAUUAACUGUGAAAGUGUAUGAUACCGAAUUAUUGGUAAUUAUUUUCUUUUUAAUACCUAAAACCUGUAAGACGUUUCAAAUUUAGCGAUCCAUCUUCGUACUUGGUAGCAAAAAGAGGUUCUUCAAAGUUUCUUUAAGGGUUUAUCAGUUAAUUAAGGGUUCUUGUUAUCCUUUUCUGGAACCCAUUCUCAUAGGGAAGCGCUAGAGUAAAUGUUUUUCUUUUUUUAUAAGAGCGUAUCUAUAUGGUAAAAGUUCUAAGUAGUUAACUAGCAGGAUGUGUGAUGUCAUCGCACACGUCCUGCUCUAUUGUCGUUGUGUUUAGGUUUUGAUUUUAUAAAAUAACCAUUAACCUACCAUUUCUGUCUCUCUGUUAAGACUUUAAAUGGUAAUAACCUACCUCAGGAUGGUGUAGUAAACACAGCGCCUCCAUCUGGUGGGGGUUGUUAGCAGUGGUUCCUCAUGGUUCCGUGGCCGUGUCUGGAAGGUUGAGAUGUUAAGGAUGCUGGUAAAUGAAAUGGAGAUGUAGCCAAGGUGGAGGUUCUGCUGUUUAUACCCAAUUAUCAUUAGAAACUCCGAGCUCCAAACCCGGGACUUCAGAUACUUUAAACGCAACGUAGGACCGUCAGGGAGAUUCAUCCAUUCAUCCUUCCAUUCUUCCAUUCUUCCAUUCAUUGCUGCUUCUAUCGCUUUUAUUUGCCUUAAAUAAAUUUCCAUUUCCAAUGUCCAUCUCUUUUAUUUGAUUCAUUUGAGUCGAGUUACUGUGCUUCUACUGCAGGGGGAUUUUUACGCGUGACAAGAAUUGAGCUAACAAUCAAACGACACGAUGAUGAUGAUGAUGAUGAUGAUGAUGAUGAUGACUGUUACAGCUUGGAACUGUUGAAAAAAUGAUUUGGAAAGUGUGAAUUUAUUUAUUUAUUUAUUUGAUAUGAUUCAAAGAUUCAAAGAAUCAGAGAUUUGACUUGUUCUAUUCUAUUCUAUUCUAUUCAGUAGCACAUCCACGGCCGUCCCUCACCGUUAGACCGUUAGAAUUAGAUUAUUUAGAUAUAUAUAUAAAAUGCCAUAAGGGAUAAAAAAAAAAAGUCCAUAACGUUUUUGGUCUAAUUAGUGGUUCUCACCAGAGCACUUGGAAUUAGUACAAGCACAGUAGUUUGAUGAACUUUGGCUAGACGUGUUGGAGUUCAUACGGUGUACAGAUGUUCUCGGAAGCCGGCCGGCAGCCGCGACCCGCGGACGGCUGAUCAACUGUAAAUAAAUGUAUGCAAAUGUACAUGUUUAAACCGACAUUCCUUUCUCGAGUCCUGACCGUAAAAAGGGUGUAUGUUGACUAGAAAGCGACGAUGAAACGCCGAGAAAAUGGCCGUUCCAUAUGGCGUGAUACAGAUUCAAAUCUAAACUAGUGUGGUGUACUUGACGUAUUCAAUGGGAUUAAAAAAAUAAAAAUAUUUGCAAAAAAGAUUAAAAAACCUGUUCAUUUAUUGGUCUAAGUUGCAUUGUGUGAUGAAAGUGCUUAAAAUGCAUCGACUCUGUUACCUGAUUUUAUUGUAUAUUGAAGAGUAAGACAAAAAAGAGCAUUACAUUUUUGUAUAUAUUGGAUUUUUGUAAAUUUUUAUUUGAUUCUAAUGCAACACAAAGUACCAAAUUCAUUUAAUAAAGUACACUGUGGUCAUUUUAUACGUCUCGCUUGCCAAGUUCUUUUGGGGGGGCUGAAAAUAUUUGAGAUGUCAAGACACGUUAAGAGUCUCGAGUUCCAAAGACA